UAUGUAGCCAUCUUCAAAGGGCUUAAUCUUUCCGUUUUUGACCUUUCCCAAUAAGAUUCCCCACGCCUUUCCGAUGGGCGUCCGUGGUAAUGCUCCAUCGCAGUUCAACAUCUUUAGUUGUUGUAAAUAAGAUGGCGUAAAUUACUGAUGUGAGAUAAUGGCGAAUAGAAGAUUGAAUCGAAAUCGCGAAUAACAAAGAUUGGAUUUUUCUCAUCUGGACAGGAUGGUUGACACGAGACUGAGAAUACCACUUCCAAGGCUCUUUGAAUGUUUUGUUGAAGUUAUUGCACCAGAUGAAGAAAAAAAGACAGGACCAACUAUCAAAAGGUUCCAUCCUGCAGAAUUUAAAGAAAAGGAUGAGCUUCUUGGUCAAGUUCCCACAUUUUGUUUUCCCUGUAGAACAGACAGCCUUGGUGUUCAGUAUUUCACAUUUGUGUUAACUGACAUUGAUGGGAAAUUCAGAUUUGGCUUUUGCCGUUAUCCUGCACAUGCUCCAUCAUGCAUUUGUAUCAUCAGCUAUGCUCCAUGGUGUGAAAUGUUUUAUGCUAUUUUAAACAAUAUCUCUGAAGCAGAAAUAAAGGGAAAUCAUGAUCUAGUCACAGCACUGCUUGAUGCAUUACAUGUCAGUCCAAUCCCUGAUGUUGGGUCAUCAUUCCAUGUCACUGCAUCUUUGAAAUCAGAUGGAAGUAAAGUUGACUACAAAUUUGAAGUCCCAGAUACAACCAAGCUACCGACCAUUCCAGAAAAUCGAAAUUUGACUGAUUACUUUGCUGUUAUAACCCCUGAAGUAAUGGUACAAUUGUUUGUCAGCAUGUUGUUUGAAAGAAGAAUUUUGGUCUUUUCUAAAAAGUUGAGUUUGGUAACUGCCAUUGUCCAUGGUUCUGUUUCACUGCUCUAUCCUAUGCAAUGGCAGCACAUAUUUGUCCCAGUUUUGCCUCCAAAACUACUAGAUUAUUGCUGUGCUCCUAUGCCUUUUCUACUCGGUGUCCAUUCUUCAAUGAUGGAGGAUGUUCAUCGAAUGCCUUUGGAUGAUGUGGUAAUCCUCGAUGCAGAUAAAAAUGAACUCAGUAGUCCGUUUAAUGACAUGGAGAUUUUCCCGCAGGAAGUAAGCUCGAAGCUUCUGAGUCGGUUAAAAAAGCUUGACAGAGCUUUGGAUGACUACGUUGCAAGUCAGUUCCUUCGUGCGCUUGUGAAGGUCAUUGGUGGCUACAGAGAUGCCUUGCGGUUUAAAGAACAAGAGAACGGGGAGGGUGGAAAAAUUGUAUUCGACGAAGAGUCUUUUCUGGCAACCAGAUCAAGCUCUAUCAGGCCAUUCUUGGAGCAAAUCCUCCAUUUGCAGUCAUUCAUUCAGUUCAUAGCAGGAAGGCUGGAUUUACUAAACGCUGGAAUCGAAGUUGGGGAUAUUUUCGAACAAGAAAUUCUUGCUGACAGUGGAGAUACAUCAAAAUGGAAAUUUCAACAUCAGCAAUGGAUGAAUAAAAUGAAGAAAGGUGGAGGAGCACUGAAAAAGACAGUUGGUGUCCAGUACGCCUUUUUGAAAGGAAAAGCCAACGACAUUGAACUGAAAAGUAAAGUAAAAUCGUUUUAUAAAGGGGCAAAAAGUGGAGUUAAAACAAGCUACAAGGGUGCAAAGUCGCAGUUAAAGGAGAUCAAACAUCAACUAAAAACGAAGGAUGCACAAGCGCAUUCUGACACUCUACCGGGCCUACAAGUAAAGCGGUCAGAGUCGAUGCCUGCAAGCAAACUGGCUAACGUGAGCGCUUCGCCGUUCAGACAUUCAAUGUAUAGCACACUUCCUUCCCAUCGUAUUCAUCGAGGCCCCAAGGAUGUUGGGAAAAGUGGUUCACAGUUAGCAGUGCGCCAAGGGAUAACAAGAUCCACGUCUUCAGACUGUAUCAGUAUUAACAGAACUGAUAAUAUGAUUGAAGAGAGUGAAGAAUCUAGCGAAGAAAAGUUAGCAAAGAGAGAAUCAAGCAGCGAGUCGAACAUACUGGAUUUAAUAGUCCUAGAUGAAACGCUUCCUGAUGCUACUGUGGAAAAAAAGGAUGCAACGAUGCUUGCGUUGACAAAUCCAAGCUUUAGCGAUGACCCAUUUUUUAUAAUCGAAGAUGAAGAGGUGAAAAUGGAACACAAAGGGGAAAGCUUUUUCGAACAUAGUAAAACGUCCAAUACUAGCUGGGUUACGUUUGACGAUGCUGAAUCGAUAUCAGCAACCAAGUCUGACGACCGAAACUUGAACAGCCCGAUUGUUGAACUUGGUUAUGAGGACUUAAUAGGACAAAAUGCAUGCGAAAAUUUUGUAAUAAUUUCACCAGAAAAAUCUGAAUUUGAUAGCAAUCCAUUAAAACUUGGCCAGCUGCCCAAUAAUCCUGCUACAAAGGAAGACAAGGAUUCACUGCUAAUACAGAAAGACGAUUUAAACUCUUCUCUGUUAACUGACACUCUUUGCUCGAUGUCAGUAGAAACAAGGUCGCUGUUCACAAGACCACAGGCUAUAGAUGCAGUGAGUCAUGGAGCGGCCUACAAGGAUGAGGCGUUAGGGUCUGAGACGAUAGGACCCGGGACGGCUAAUAUAGAAAAGAAAAAGCGAAGACCACCUCCAAGACCGCCAUUGCCAACCGCACGGCCUGGAUCGAUCAAAGGUCCGUCUGUGACUGCUUUCCCUCCUCGAAAUAUCCCUAAUCCUAGGCCAAUUCCACCAAGAAACAUUCCGAAAUUGACUUCUUCCUCAUACGCCGACUUGAAACGUGACGCACAACGUCGAGCUACAGGAUCAAAGCAAACAUGUGUUGACAGCGAUCCAUUUGCAGACCUCUUGAACGAGACUCGGAAUGGUAUAGCCCAGAGUAUUAGUAAAAAAUAGAUCUUAGAAUUGUAAAUGAUUAUAUGAAUUAAAUAAGUUAAAAUAUUCGAGUGUUAAUUAUUAUAAUUAGAACAAUUAGAUUUGGAAUUCUUUUUGUUGUUUUACGGUUUUUCAUUUGCCUCGCAUAUGAAAAUUGAAUUUCUUUUAUUUGUUUAAAAUUUUAAAAUUCCCCAAACGGAAUUGUGUAUACCUUUAUUUUAACUACUGUUGGUUUUCCGAAAGUCUAGAGUCCAGAAAAGGCAGUGAGUAGCAUAGCAGUUAUUUUGGGAUAUAUGUUCGAAAUCUUUAAAUUCUGAUCAAAGAUAUUGUGACGUCAUGACUUCGCCGCUCUUUAGACAAGUCGGGAGAGAGGGAGACAGAAAUUUUAAAGCUGGCAAAAAUUGCUCCAUAAUAGCCUUUUCAAAGGGAAAUCGAUGGUCUAUUGAAUUUAAUCAUGUAAGGUCACUUGAGCUGGAGGGGCAAUUGCACCUAAGUUAGUACGUUAAAAAGCCCUGAAUUGCUCGUCAUAGAGGAUAUGGUCUGAGGCGCUUUUAAGAAAGAAGAAUAUUUUUAUGCAAGAACCUUGUGACGAUCAGCGGCCUCCUGCCGAGAUGGUCUUG